AUGUCUGACAUGAUGGUACCCAACUUGCUUACCGACGACUCGGGCCUGCCCAUGGCCUUCUAUAUAAACCCACAGGAUCCGCUCAGGGAAAAGUACCUGAAGAUCAUCCGGGAGAAUGGCGGAUACAUUGAGCUUAGUGAAGUCAACGCUGAUAAGAAUCUGUACGUGCAGCUUUCGUCGUAUCCUGUUGCUCGCAGAACGACGUUUCUGUUUCAGUUUAUUGACGAUUACUUGAACAAGGGGGGUUCUGUUUACUUGGAGCCGUACCAAUUGAACCCAGCCAAGAGGGCUGCGGACGAGUUGGACGAACAGGAUGUACGUACAGCCAAGGCGAUGGCCCAGGCCAUGAACAAGAAGGCGAAGGGGCCUCCAAAGUCCACGACAAAGUUCACUCAGGAGGCAGACACGUAUAUUCUCGAGCAGGUGAGGUUGAAGCCUCGGUUCAGAACAUCACAUAAGUUCUUUGAGGAGUUGGCCCAGCACGACUUGCUUAAGGGCCAUACGGGAAACUCGGUCAGGUCUCGUUACAGGGCUCAUUUGGAGCACAAGUUGCAGUAUGUGUACAAGACGGAUGAGUACGACCGGUUGAUUUUGGACGAGGAGGGCAACAGACAAGUUGUGCCUGUGAGUCUGGCCAAAACAAUGAAGAACAGGUUUACUGCCGAGGACGACUACACGCUCUGUGAGAGUAUUAUCAACCAUGUGCUUAGCACUCAGGAUAGGGAGACGUUGCAGACUGCCGAGGAUAAAACCACCAGGCUUCCAGAUGGCGUGCUUAACGAGGCUAACUUCUCGGUGCUGAUUUCGUUCUUUGACGAGUUUGCUCGCCAGAACACUUCUCACUCGUCUCUGAGCUGGAGAGACCGUUACAGAAAGUUUGCCAGAGUGUACGGACUCCAGAGGUUCAGAAACUACUACCGUGAAGCACUUAAAACCAAGGAAGGUCCUCAGCCAAUGAAGAACUUGACUUCUCGUGAAUCCAAGAGCGAGAAGAAGGCCCAGCUUACCGCCAAGAAGUUGAAGGCUUCCCAGGUUCGUAUGGAUAUGAGUCCUCAGGACCAGGCCUUCUUGGCUGACGAGUUGGCCCGGAACCAUGGCCAGCUUCACCAUGGCCACCACCACGGCCACCAUCUUACUCACCAGCUUGACUCUGCUGGCGUUGCAGCCGUUGCCAAUAUGGCUGUGGGCCAGGGAGCUCUUGACGAAGAGAUUGGCGAGGUGAAGAACCUGAAUAUCGACGAUGCGCUUCGUCAAGUUGGUGUGGGCGCUGGAAGAGUGCAAAUCGAAGAUGAUUUGGUCAACCCAGACGUACGUGCUUUGGGAAUCCACCAAACCGACCAUAGCGCCAUUCACCCUAACUUGGGCGGUGCUUCAGUGGAUGGCCACGAUUUCGAGGCUCUUGAAUUAAAGGUUGACGCUGAUUCCCAGGAUCCAUGGGCUAAGUACAUGGUUUACUUGCCUCGUGAUGUUCUGCUGACUGCCUUGUUCUCAGACAAGUUUAUUGCUUUUGAGCCUUCUGUGAUUGACCGUGCCCGUGAGCUUUUGACCACUUUGGAGCCAGACGACGUUGGUGUGCUCUUUGACGAAUUCGAGAAGUUGGGCUUCACCAGAGGCUUUGUGGGCCACAUUCUCAAGGUCACCAGCAGCUCUGUGCGCUACAUCAACGACUACUUGUACAGACUUCGGGAUGCACUUGAAGACGACCGUCUUGACUUGGUGGACGUGUUGUUCCCACGUGCCCAUAACGGUUUGUGGACCCCAGAACAGGAUUUCGACUUGAAGGAAGGCCACAUGGAGAAGUUGGCUUUCCACGAUGCCGAGAGCAUUGCCGCCAGAAGACAGUUCCUCGGCCUCUAA